AUGCCGAUCGCCCUCGCCUUCGCCUUCGCGCUGCUCCUCUGGUCUCCGGUCCCCGGCGAGCUGUCCCCGCAGCACCCAGGCGAGCAGACUGGCCUCUCCGAACGCGGGGAGCGCGCCACCAAGAACGGGCGAAUCGUGUACGCCGGCGUGGCUGACUCGGACGGCUUUCCCGCCGUGAGGCGGCCGGACAGCUGGUACAGAGUGGACGAGGCGCUGCUCCGCAGGGCCCACGGCUGGCGCGGCUCCCGCCCGGCGGCGCCCGCCGGCGACGGCGACGGCGACGGAGGUCUGCUGAUGCCUGCUGACGACACGGACACGGCGGGCGGGCCGCGGCGCUUCUCCGUGCCGGAGCAGUGGCUCGCCGUGCCCGACAUGGAGGAACCUCCGUCCGGCCAAGCUGCGCCCGUCCGACGUCUCACCGCGGCGCACAGUGAUACAUAAUCAACAUAUGUGAAGAGGUAGCAUGACACAGAGCCAAUGUAUUCAAGGUGACAACAUGACAAGUGUAAAAAGAAGAACAAAAGUGUUUAGAGAUAUAUGAAACAUAAAGAACAUAAAAAACUGUACUAAC